ACAAUUAGGCUAAUCCUCAUGUUGUUAUCUCAGUGCUGGGAUUAACUUGUAAAAGCAUGCUAUAUAUAUGUGUACAUAAAUUAAUGGGACAGGGCUGACACAUGAGUUUAGUUUAUGAUGUAACAAGAGUAUUCAACAAUAUAAACAAGGUAUGGCACACAGCGUGAGAGUCAGGAGGAGAAAUCAGUCCAGAAAGAGCGAGGAAGAUGAGUCGGGACGAGAGGGCGUGGCCAAACACUCCUAAUCCAGAAUGAUCCUGUGAGUCAGUCCCAGCCAGGGCCAGAUUAAUCUACCAGUACCUCACUGUCUGUGGGACAGAGGGAAUAUAAACAGAGUCAGACGAGUCCAGAACCAGCUGCUGGAUAUUUAAGUCUUGGAAAAACCAAAACUUAAAUUUCUAUUAUCAUUAUUAUUAUUUUUUUUUAAUUAUAACUGCUGGGACAACAGCUGAGACACAUGGCGCUCCUGAGGUCGGGCUGGCUGUGGAGACAGACUUCUGUCCUAAAACGCUGGAAGUUAAACUGGUGUGACCUUUGGAUAGAUGGGAGUCUUUGCUUCUACAAGACUGACAGCAGGCGAGAGUUGGAGCACCGUGUCAGCCUCAAGAUAGCAUGUGUAGAUGUGAGAUCUGGCCUGGAAUGUGGAGAUGUGAUUCCACCAGAGAGCAAUCCCAGGGAGAAUCGCAUUGUGGUUCAGCUCACAGACGGCUCAACAGUCAAUCUGUGUGCCAACAGUGAGGAUGAAUCCAUAGCGUGGAAACUGACUCUGCUUGAGACCAGGAGAAACCCGGUGUUCACAUACGACCCAUAUGAUGACACCUACCAGGCUGUCCCCAUCAACAGCUAUCACACUGUCUACAUCACACCUGGAGCAGGACCAGGAACCCACCAGGUGGUUGUUCAGAGGGACCCAUUUGAUGGAGUGUUCGAGCAUCUAGCACUGGGAUUACUGGCAGGCAUGGCAGCAGGGACAGCCAUGCGAUCCUUCCUCUGGAUGCCCUUCUUUUUCUGUUGAGAUGAUCUCCAUUACUGACAUGACAACACUGCACACAGCCUGUCUGUCCCCACGGACUGGGAGCCUGACAUCAGCACUAGGUCUUCCUCCCAAAAACCUUCAUCUUUUGUAUAAUCUCUUUAACAAACAGCUGCUCUUCUGGUUGUCAGUUUUUUUCUCUUGUGUGCACUUUUGCAUAUAAGACUUAAGAAACUGAAAAGGAUGCUAUGUAAUUAUGUUCUUCCUGCAUGUAUAUAAAGCAAACUGAAUCUACUCAUGAGCGUUUGCAAACAUCAGGAAGUCAAUUUUGUAUCUUAAUGUUUUUAUCUGCUGCCUGAAUUUUACAGUUUACAAGCUUAAUAAAAGUGUAGUUUGUAAGGUGUUGAAAUAAAAUUAGGGAUGGUGAUUUAAAAUAAUGAUUUGGUUGCAUACAACAAACAAACCAGAAAUAUCCAUUUUUGAACUAUAUUGUUCUAGUUUGAUAAAACAAUUCCAACUAAAGGUCGACUGACUAGCUUUUUCCCGAGUUUUCAUCCAUAUUACAAGGUCUUCAUCUGCGGAUGGUGCUUGCUCAGUUGUCAUGGAGAUGGAUCUGUUAACACGCGAGCUCUGUAACUGUUAUGAUUUCAUCCAUAGCAUUUUUAGAACUUCUUGUCUGUGCUGGCUUAAAAGUUAAGGCUCCAAAUACAUUCGCUGAUGAAGACUGUGUGAUAUGUUUGAAAGUUCAGGAAAAAGCUGAACCUUGAGUUCAGAUUUUUUUGUCAAACUACUAAUGAACUUUCACACUCAAUACAUUGUUCUAGUUUUCAUUAUAUGAACAUAGAACCAAACCACAGAAAAAAUUCAAAGUGAAAAAACAUUUGGACUAAGUUGCAUUUUUGUAUUUAUCAUUAUUGUUUAUAUCUAAAAAGUAUUUCUACUCUGUUUGUACCAACACAUUAAUACUAGGAGGAAAGGUGUUUUAUUCUCAUACUGAUGAUGAUGCAAUCACCUCAAUAGACAGAGAGAAGACAUUAACUGUGCAAUUGAUAUGUAACUGAAAAAUGUAAUCUUACAUUUUUUUGCAUCCAUGUUCGUCCAGUGUAUAACUUUGUGUUCUGGUUAAGAAACACUGAAACUACAGUAAGCUGAAGUAAAUGUAAUCAACUAAAGCAUGCCCCAGCUGUCACUGAUAAUAUACUGCUGCAAUGCAAGACAUUUGUUCUGUAAUUACGAUCUUGUCCUUAUAAUAAAUAUUAGUGUACAUAAACAGCGCUUGCAGAACUUGGAAAGCAAAGAACCAAGAAACUUGACUCAUUUCUUGAGAGAAAAAGAGUAGAUUUGUAGCCUCAUCAUACCAAGUUAGUGUCAUCAGAGGAUGGUUGCACAAAUGUUGAUCUAGACCAGUCUAAUGUGAUUUAAACUGCUUAAGAAUAGACAUUUUAAGCUGAAUAUGUUAGCCUAGUUGCAGCGGCACAAAUGUUUAUCCCAUAAAUCUGACUUGUUCUGAAUGUGUGGACUACAGCAUUUAAACUGUUUACUCUCAUUGCUAAUCGUCUUCUCAUUGAUUUUCUUCUGCUAUUGCUACAGUGAAUUUUCCUGGUAAAAAAAACCUUGUAACUGCUAAAUUGCAACAGAAGGCACGACCUUUCUGCAGGAGGGAAUAGAGCUGGGUGCCUUAAAGGAAAAUUCCAGUAAUUUUCAACCUGGGUCUUAGCAUGCUGAAAGUAAAUCUCUGUGCAGUGAGCUACAACAGCUGA